CCUCAUGCAGUUCCACGGAGAAGUCUGCAGCUCUGUACUCAGUGAGAAUCGACACGUCGGACAGACCGUGUCCUGUUCAAGCCACAGUCUGAGGCAAGCUCUAUCACAACACAGCAGAGGGAGAGAAAUCACAAUUCCAAUGAAUUCAGUAUAUACAGUAACUAUAUAUAAGGUUUGCGUACGUGUGGAAGAUGUGUCUACAGGGGAGUCUCCUGGCGGUUGUCAUGGUUUCCCAGCAAAUGGCGCAGAU